UCCUGAACAGAGACGUAAAACUCACAAACAUGUUUUGAUCUCUUUCUCCUCUCAGCACAGGAGAGACGCACUUUUUUGUAUUAUUAUGGCUUCAUGCUCUCCUGUCCUGACUUCUCUGGCCCUCAUUAUGCCAAUUAUUAAGUAUCCUUUUUUGAUUGAAUGUGUCUAACCCUUUUAAACAAUUGAUUUUUUAAAUGAUUGUAGACCAUCGAUUGAAUUGUUCUACUUUGUAAUAGGUUCUAACUAUUGCUAAAUCUGAAUCCAGUAUAUGUACCGCGGUUAAGACCAAAAAAAUCAAACCUCUGUUCCAUUUUUUGAACAAUAACUCAAAAUAUUCGACUUGCGUUAUUCGACUUUGUGUGUUUUUUAUAAUGUGUUUAUGAUAUUUGACAUUGGUGAGGAAGCGAUAUCUGUAUAGCCUGCGCCUGCUCUCAACGCGAAAGCCCAUCAACAUCCUGGGUUCCCCUGUCAUCGAUCCCAUGAUGCAUUGCUGCUGAACAGACUAAAGUUUCCAGUUAAAAUCGAGUUGAAGAAGAUACUGGCAUAUUCCUGGUGAACUGUGAACAGAAUACUCAUAGGGAUGUCUCCACGAAUGGAAGACGUCAUGCGCCUCUGCUGUGAUGUCUCGGCUCAGCAGAACAUUAAUAUUACAUUUCGGCAGUCUACCAAAGGAGCUAUGAUUGCUGGAGGGUGUGCCUUAAUAGGAGGGCUGCUUGGCGGGCCACCGGGAAUAGCCGUCGGCGGUGCUGUGGGGGGCCUGAUGGGCUGCUGGGCAACGGCGGGGGAGUUCCGGCCCCUGCCCCAGGUCCUGAUGGAGCUGCCUCCCAGCCAGCAGAAGAAGCUCACCGCCUCCGUCAUGGCCAUCCUGAGCAGCCUGGACUGGACGGAUGUGGCGCAGGUCGUCGCUUUGGUGAUGGGCAACGCCACGCUCCAGCAGCAGGUGACCGCGGCGCUGCUCAACUACGUCACCAAGGAGCUGAGGGGGGAGGUCCGUUACGGAGCUUGAGCGAGGAGAGAUGGCCCCAACCACGGCUUGGUCCUCCGGCCUACAUCCAGGAUGGACGGAUGUCUUCAGCAAGACUGUGCUAUGCUAUAUUUACAUUAUAUAGCUGUCUAUAGCCGUUUGUUGAAUGUGCCUAGAACGGGUUAACUGGAAUUUAGAAGUACCCCUGUUUUACCACCAAAUGGGAUGUUGAUGACCCUAUGGUGACAUCACUCAUGGGAGUGUCCACCCAGAUGUAUGUCAUCCUACCAGCCUAGCUGACUGGGUCACCUCACCUGGUAGGCUGGUAGGCUACAUCCAUCAGGAUGUGACCUCCCAGGUGUGAUGAUCCUGAGGGUUGGUCAACUCAAGUCUUGGGCAUAUCUCCAAAAACAACACAGGUGGCUGGCACAAGCCAGGUAUCAGAGUGCUACAUAAAAAAGUGAAUUAGUUGCAAUUAAAUAAUCCACAGACUACUAUUGUGGCUUGGCUGAGGCUAUAUCUGCUUCAGUGGUUGUUAUUGUGUUUAGUUUGUAUCAGACUGAUGAAGCACUUUAAAUGAUACUUGUGGUACCAUAGUUUAAGGCUUCACCUGGAUGAGUUUAUAUAUGACCAUAUGUUAUUCUAUAUGGUUCAUAAUGUAGCAAGUAUUAUACAUUUAAUACCAUUUGAUCCUAUAUAUACUUCAGUACAAUUCUCCCUGACCAUUUCGUUUUAAAGAUACAUUUAGUCUUACAUUGGUUUUGUUGAUCUAGUUGAGUUAUGAGAACAGGCACCACCUCCACAGGGUUUUCAGUAAAGGAGAAGUCUGGCAUGUAAAAUAGUCUGGAAGGCAUCUUGACCUCAAUGAUAACAUCUACAUUACAGCACAUUACUUUGAACUGUGGCGCAACAGAUUUUGCGAUGGAGUUUUCUGAUUGCUUUUAAUUUCCUUCCCUUUUAUUUGAAGACGAUCAUGUUUUAAUAAAUACUUAGUGAAACAUUUUCUUUACUUUGUUAUUGAUUUAAGUCAAUCAGCAGAUGCUUUUAUCGAAAGUUAUGCAUAAAAUAAUCUGCCUAGAAUAGUUUAGUAUAAAAAAUAUUUGAGAAAGAAAAUACUUAAUAGAAUGCAUGGUGGUCAUAGGAAUCAGAAAAACAAUAAAGAUACAUCACAUAUCUAUAGGCGCUUUCAGAACUGUUGAGCGGAACAGCUGCUAAACAAAAUGGAUUUAGCUCUAGUUGAUCCAAUGAACCGGUUAUGCACCAUGACUAAAUGCACAAGUGAGUACCAGUAACCUUAUCAUGUUAUUACAGUGGAUUAAAGCAAGUGCCAGUAAACCCUUUUACAAUUCUGUCAAAGUGGUGUCUGUGACUUAUCAGUCCUUACAUAGAAGGGCAAAUAAGAAAAGCAAAUAAAAGCUAGCAAGGCUUAUAGAUUUCCGAUAACUUGCCUCUUGUGGCAUCCCAUGUAUUGCGCCAUGCACUCAGCUAUAAUAAUAAUAAAUUGGAAUUAUAUAGAGCUUUCCGCGCACUUCAAGCUAUGCAUUGAAUGGAUGUUUAAUUAAGCAACCUGGUAGCCUGAUCUAUAGGUUCCCUUGAAAGGGCCGGUUGUAACUAAGACUACAUAAUUUAACUAUUCCUUAAGAUAUUGUUAAAUAACUGUCUGUUUGAUUAUUAUAUAUUCAGGUGCAUAAAUAUACAUUGCAUACUUGUACAUGCAAUUACAUACAUUUGAAUAUAUAUGUAAGCAACUAAGAAAAUUGCUCUGUUAUAUUAACAUAAAUCCUUUUAAUUUAUCAAGUGAAGAAAACCAACAUAACUCAAUCAAUCAAAGAUCAAACUGUUCAAGUGAAUAAAAAAAAGUAAUAUAAGUUAAAAAACAUAAGUUAUUAAAUAAACGUUACUAAGCUCAAAAACUUGUUUGAGGACUGCAGUCCUACCACCUUAAUUCUGUGUAGGGUAUGUCACAUCUCCAUAUUCUUAGCAACCUCCUUCAAAAACUGCUGGAACUGGCGCUGAUCCAGGCCACGAGCCUGAAUCUCUGCCAUAUAAUGACCGUUGUUGUCAUUAUAUCAUACAGUUCCAGAACCAUUUCCCACAGGGCUUUUUGGUGGGGAAUGCAAUGAUAGCUUAUCAGAGAUGUGUGGCAGAACUUUUUUGCAUUUUUGUCUUUUUUUUGUACGAUUUUCAAAUUCAUUUGAAGCUACUGCAGGCCACAUAAAAUGAGUUAGCGGGCCUGAUUCGGAUCGCGGGCCUUGUGUUUGACACCUCUGCCCUAGAUCAAUCCACACUCCCCCUUUAAAGUGCAUUUCGAAUAGAUUUUGUAAACUACUAACAAUUACAAAUGAUGCUUCUUGCGACAGACAUGGUAGGGAAACAGCUUCCUUCGCCACUUCAGUGUACAUAUAUAUUUCUCAAGUCCCGCUCUGUUUUGUAAAUCUUUUUAAAAUAAAAAUCACAU